AUGGGUGGUCAGCAGUCCGCAGCGAAGGAUGCAGCUGGCCAACAGCCAGGAGAUGCCACAAGUUCCAGCCACGGGAAGGGUCGUGCGGCAAACAAUCAGGUGCAGCUCGCUGUGAGCCCACUCGGGGGAGUUCCCGGAGCAACAGCGUAUCAUUCCUCGGUGAUCGUGAACGGGGAUGAAUACUUUUUCAGCGAUGCCGGCAUCUCCUUCGGAAGCGGGCUGCAGUCGCACAAGAAUCCCCAGAACCCAGACUCGAAGCCCGAGGUGUUUGACAUGGGCAUGUCCCCAUACACGGGCACGCAGAUGAAAUCAGCGCUGGAACGUAUGACCUGCAUGGGCCCCAGAGACAUGUCAAAUACGCGCCUGGACAAGAAGUACCGGGCAAUGGAGAAGCUAGAUCGGGCCUUGCUCCUGGAUAUGGAUGGCUACUCGAGCAAGAAGCGCGCAGAGGAUGGGAUAUGUCGUCUCAGCUUGGAUGCUCCGCAUAGGCUGCAGCAGCGGUCGAUCUCCGCUUCGAAGCUGGAGAGCAUGAAACAUGAGGCCGAGAUGGCCAAAGAGUGGGGCAAGCAAGUCAAAGCAGAGCUGCAUCUUCAGCAAGGAAAUGCCAAAGCACUGCAGAAGGACACACUGGCCAGCCGCUCGUGGGGUGGCCCCAAGUACAGGCACGUGCCUCCGCAAGAUGGGCAGAGCGCCGAUUACCAGAAGAGUAUGCGCAGAAUGCAGAGCCUUGCCAGCGAGAUUUCGACCAAGCAGGCAAGCGUAGACAAAGCCAUGCAGGAGGACUACAGGAUGGUGAGGAAUACUCGGGCCGAUACGAGUGUCCAUUCCUUGGCAGCCUGGUUGGAGAAGUAUGGCAAGCCUAGCCGCCAGCCUGAGCAGCAGGAGCGAUUUCGAACAACUCCUUUCAAGCAGCGGAGGAUCCCGUUCCUGGGCAUCUCAGAAGCCAAGACACUUCGUCUUGGGGCAGGCAUUUGGUCACAAAGAAGCGAGACAGACCUUCUUGGCACCUACAACUUCCGAAGUGUUCUGGUAGGCCGAAAUUGGAGCAUAGUUGAGCACAGUGUCAGGCGUGACAACCAGAGUCAGACGCAUGGCAGCAUGGAGAACUUGCGCCAGCGUUUUUCCACGCUGGUUGUCUUCGACGCCGAAGGGGCAUCGGCAAUGGGGAUCGUGCAGGCAGCCUCAGGUGGGCAGUACCAGCCGAAUCCGAAGGCUGAGGGCUUCGACGUGGAGAAAGUUUGCGAUGAGAUUGAUCCCGACAAAGUCUGGAAGACCCCCGGGCAGGCUACUGGAGGAGCAACUGUCAGCUCUGCAGAGGCCAUGCGGGCUGCGCGGUUGGCCAAGCUGGGGGGACCCGGCGCUGGACCUGGCCCAGCUCCCACAGGGGGAUAUGCAGAAGGUCAACCAGGGGGAGCCCAGCCGCCGCCCAGCUCGGCAGGUCCAAGCUGGAGGAACGCGACCGGUGUUGCCUCCGAUUAG